UAAAAUCCUCCACAGUAACGGCUUGUUUUUUGUGCUCAGUAUGAAACACAGUCUUGUUCUAAUCCAUCUCCAAAGAUGGCAGUGGUGUUUAUGUCGUCCAUCUUUGUGCUGGUGCUCUAUUUUCUCAAAGGCAAAACACUCGGGGAAGUCGUGAACUAUACGCACUGUGAUCUACUUCAUAGUAGCUGCAGUUGUGCUAAGAUUAAACCAAAACUGCUGCAAAAAUAGACAAUCUGUUCUUUUUUUCUGUGUACAGUAAGUCCUUUAAAACAUUUAUAAUUAUUUCAGAGCAGACGUGUUGGCGUGUUCCUCUGUGAGUCAAAAAGAAAGUUUCAUUGCUCUGUGCUGUCAUUGCAUCCACUUCCUUCUCUUUUUUUGUAUCUGCCCUAUUUCCCAAAACCAGGCACAUAUGUGAGCCUCUCUGGUGGAGUAAGAAGCGCCAUUUCAAUAGUAUAACUUGCGUCUAUAUGUCUGGUGAACUUUUACUCAUUUUCCCCUUUUUUGUUACUCUCUUUGCUGUUGGCUAUAAUUCCAAUUAUGAUAAUCCACACUUAUUUUGUCUAAGUUGUUUUAUAUACUUGUAUGCUGAUUUAAAAAAAAAACAAAAAAAAAAAACUAAAGGAAGGAAAAGCCUCUAAGAAAAAAAGCAGCAGAUGACAGUUUUUGGGAAUAUUCACUUGUGUUUUUCAACUCCAGUACUCCCACUGUCGUUUCUAUUUGAACAUUUUUGCUGUUCAGUUCUUCUGUGUUACUGCUGGAGGUAAUCCCCAGCCUUCUGACUCCCCUCCCUCCACUUAACUUCCCUCCCUCCUCCUCUCACUGGGUGCCACAGCACCAGUGUGAUCAAACUCCAGUUCAAACUGGCCUCUGCUCUGCUCCCAUGGCUGACUCUCCUCUUAACCACUCCUGGCCGUCUUUCUCCAAGCUCUGGAUGAAGAGAUGGUCCUUCAAGAGAGCAUCCGAGUGCAACCCAUGUAGCCAGUCCUGUGGGAAUCCCAGUACCCAGCUCAGAGUCCAGCCACCCAGUGGGAAAGGAUCUUCCUCCUCAUUACCGCCGGCCUCCAUCACAGAGGAUGUAUUCAGUGACAACACCAGUGAUGAUCAGGAUGCAUCCUCUGUACUCAGUGACUACGACUGUCCCUGUGUGGACGCGGGCAGCAGCCUAGAGGACCUGCAGGGUCUCAGUUCCUCCCUCAGGGACUCGGAGUACUUUAAAGACCUGCAGGGAGAAUUACCAGCCUCAAAGGCUGCAGCGUCAAAAGACACCUCUGCAUUUCCAGAGAGCAACACACAGCAAACUGAUAACUUACAGGAUCCUGUAAACACAAACAGUCAGACCAAAAACCAACCCACGGCUCUGACCACAGACUUCCCACAGGUCAAUGCAACAUCAUUUCCUUCCUUUGAACAAUUUGCAGAUCAACCUCCCUCUGACGCUGUUGCCCAGCUCAGCCCAAAGCCGCUGCCGGGUUGUGUCGCCGACGGCGAUGACUUCGCUGCCUCUGCAUUCAGCCUCAACUGGACAGUUAAUCUAAAUGGGCUGCUGGAGUCCUUGGAAACAGUGAAAGCGGUUGAAGAACUGAACGACGUAAAGGACCAGGGCAAAAUGGAGUUGGAUGGAGAGCCAGACAUGGACAGCUUUCCGAUUUUGGUCAGAUCCAUGUCAACGUCUCGGAGGCACAGCUGGGGGGUUCCUCUGUCACCCCUCAACUCUGGCAGGAGACUGAGUCUGGACACCGCAGCCAUAGACAGCGAUGAAGAUGGAGACGAUGAUGACGAACAACAUAGCAGUCUUUUCCAGUCCUCCCAGCAGCAGUCUGACAGCUUCUCAGCAGGAGCCGGAGAUGAGCCAGAUGGUUUCAGUUUGAGGGUCACCGGUGGAUCAGGCAGGCAUCUGUACUCUCGAUCGGACAUCCUUGCCACCGAUGAAUAUUCCCGAGCGGCACACAUUUCCCGUGUCGUGCAGACCUCCAAACAGGCCGCCAGGGCAGCAGGAGUGGCAGAGGAGUUUGACCCAGAAGAAAACCUGCACUCAUCAGAGGGACAAAGCCACAUGCUGAUGGUACAGAAAGUUCUGCAGGAGCUAAAGCUGUACUAUGGAGCGAAGCACAGAAACACCAGCAGUCCAGACUCCAAGGAUUCAGGAAGUGUCACUUGGUACGAGUUCCUCUCCAAUGCGAAUGAGGAAGAGGAAGACAGAGCAGAGAAGGCUGAGAAAGGAACAAAGGUGAAAAGGACCCUCAGCUCCCUGAGGAGCAGGGUGACGGGCUCCUUCAAUAAAGAUAAGGGUAAGAACCGAGGAAAAGAGCUGCAGAGGGAGAGAGACAGGGAGGAGAAAGAGAAAGUGUGCAGGACCGGCAGCAGCAGCAGCAACGGGCAUCAUUUUGUGCCAGGCUCCUUCUCCAGCUCCGCCACCUGCUCGCUGUGCAGCAAGAGUUUGCUGAAAAAGCAUGGAAUGCAGUGCAUGAAUUGUGCUGUGAACGUUCACAAGAGCUGCAAGUCUCUGCUGGGUGAGUGCACCAGCAGCAAGAAUAAGAGAGAUUUUCACUCGAGGGGCAGCGGGUCAGCAUCUCCUAGCCUUGCGCUGAAAGACAGGGACAGGGAGAAAGAUCAGGCAGGCAGAGAUUCGGCUCAGGCUGCGGAUGGCCACCGAGGGUUUCCCGGCGUCCCAGGCAUGACCGUUAGCUCGUUUGGAGCCAGCACUCAGCCUUCAGCCAGCCUCAGCAGCAGCUUCUCCGCAGCCCCUGCCUGCAGCGUCGGCCCCAGCCUCCGUCACCACAGUAGCUCCGGAUCCCUCCCUGGGGACAUGGAUGAGAUAGACUCUCUGCGCUCUAAACGCUGCAACGACGACGCCGUUUCUCUUGCACCUUCCAUUGCCGAGUCCAUCAUCGUAGAAGACGCUCACUAUGCAGCAGUGCGGGCCGACCUGGAGUCUGAUGCUCAGGACUUGGAGGCCGACUCCUGGAGCCUCGCGGUUGAUCAGCAUUAUCUGAAGAAACAUUCAAAAGACGUGGCGAAAAGGCAGGAUGUUAUUUAUGAGCUAAUGCAGACGGAGAUGCACCAUGUGAGGACACUCAAGAUAAUGCUGCGUGUUUACGUCCGAGAGAUGAAGGAGAACCUGCAGGUGGACUCGGGCAGACUGGACUGCCUUUUCCCCCGCCUGGAAAACCUCCUCGACCUUCACACACAUUUCCUGUCAUGUCUCAGAGAGCGACGGCGAGAAAACCUUGUCUCACCCAGCGACAGGAACUACACUAUCAAUAGAGUGGCAGACAUCUUAAUCGCUCAGUUCUCAGGUGAAAUAGGAGAGAGGAUGAAAAACUGCUAUGGAGAUUUCUGCAGCCAUCACACUGAAGCGGUCAGCUUGUACAAAGAGAUGCUGCAAAACAAUCGAAGGUUUCAGAACCUCAUAAGGAAAAUCAGCAACUUAUCCAUUGUACGGAGGUUAGGAGUGACGGAGUGUAUUUUGCUGGUAACGCAGAGGAUUACCAAGUACCCAGUCCUGGUGGAGCGCAUCCUUCACAACACUGAAGCGAACACAGAGGAGCACCAAGAUCUGACUCGGGCUCUGAGUCUGAUCAAAGACGCCAUCAAAGAGGUGGACAGCCUGGUUAACCUGCAUGAGAAGGAGUCUCGACUCCGAGAUAUUCACAGCAAGAUGGAGCCGAAGACGCAGGGAAAGAUAAAGGAUGGCCGGGUGUUUCGUAGGGAGGACCUGGCUCAGGGAAGACGGUGGCUGCUGCAUGAGGGAACUGUCAGCUGGAAAGCUGCCUCUGGCAGACUCAAAGAUAUCCUGGCUGUUCUGCUGUCAGAUGUGCUGCUUUUACUUCAAGAGAAGGAUCAGAGAUACGUUUUUGCUACAGUAGAUAACAAGCCUUCAGUGAUUUCUCUCCAAAAGCUGAUAGUCAGGGAGGUGGCCCAUGAGGAAAAGGCCAUGUUUCUCAUUUGCGCCUCCUCAAACGAGCCAGAGAUGUACGAAAUCCACACCGCCUCCAAAGAGGAGCGAAACUCUUGGAUGACAUACAUACGGCAAGCAGUCGAGAGCUGCCCUCACUCAGAGGAGAGACUGUUCAGCGAGGAAGAGGAGGCUCGAGCUGCAAGGCUUCGAGAAUUUCAAGAGCGUCUGAGCCAGAGGGAUUCAGUGAUCGUUCAGGCUCUCGCAGAGAAACUGCAGCUGUUCGCAGAGAUGGCGGAGUCCGUGGCUGGCCUGGAGGACACGGCUUCUCGCUCAAAGCUGCUGCUCCGGGGCGAUGCCUCUGACCUCCAGCAGGGGGAGGUGCUGCUCAAAGGAGCCAUCACUGAAGUGGAGAACCUGCAGAACUUGUUGCAGGCUGGCGUGAAGGAAGAGGCUCAGGCAACACGGGCGGAGGACGGGAGCGGUUCUGGGGUUCUGCCCAGGAGAGCGGGGACUUUUGGAGGCUAUGACAGCAGUCCGGUCAUCCUCUCUAAGAAUGGCAGCGUGAAGAAGAGCUUCUCUGGCGAGUUCAGGAACAGAGACAGGAGCCAAAGAGCCAGUUCCGACCCUCAGCUCAAAGGCCUCUGUGGAAGCCACACCUUGGAACAGACGGUGGAUCAGAGCUGCUCCUCUCCUCCAAGAUGGAACCAGAUCUGGUCCAACUCUUUCCCCGAAGCUGAGUUCUUUGACAAAGUGUUGAUGCUUUCCCAGAGACUUUAUAGCCUGCAGGCCAUUGUAGCGCAGCAGGACAGUCAGAUUGAGCUGCAGAAGGCCUCGCUAACAGAGCGUGUGUCUCUGCCUGGGCGCAACAAAGGAAACGGGCUCUUGGAGCAGGAGAAGCAGCGGACUUUAGCCCUGCAGAGAGAGGAGCUGGCCUACCUGAACAAGCUUCAGUCUCAGCACAGGCAGGAGCAGCAGCGCUGGGAGAAAGAACGGGAGCGGCACCGGCAGCAAGUGGAGGCAACCGAGGCCCAGCUACGACAAAGAGAGGAGGAGUGCAGAAAACUAGAGGAGCAGCUGGCUAAGGAGAAGGAGGAAUUGGACAGGCAGAGAGAGACGUAUCAGAAGGACUUGGAGAGACUGCGGGAGUCCACUAGAGCUGUGGAAAAGGAAAAGGAGCGACUGGAGUCCCAGAAGAAGAUGAAAAGGAAAACAAUUGAGGUGGCUCCGAUGUCUGGCAGUCUGAACGGGGAUCUCAUCUCGUCCUCCGGUCUCGGCAGCUCCUCCUGUGUCUCAGAGUUGCCCCACUCCCAGAAGCCCGUGGUGCGGGGAAGCCUCUCGGUGGCGCAGGCCGACUACCCCGAGCGGCCUGAGGUCAUGCUCCGGCGGGACACGGGCUCCUCGACGCUUCCUCUCCCGCUGAAGACGGAGGUGCCGCUGCACCUCUUCAGCACCACCAACCAGCAGCACAAACCGGUCGGGGUGCAGCAGCAGAUCCCCACCAAACUGGCAGCGAUCAACAGCGGCAAAGGGAAAGGGAGCAAAAGUGGAAAAGCGUCACAUCGCACCGACAGCUCUGCCUCGGUGGACAUGAAGCAGAUGCUCCCCCUGAAACUGUCUGCUAGAGACGACAACGUCCUGAAGGCCAAACGCUCCAUCAGCCCCCAUCAGCUGCCCCUCCAGUCUCACUCCCUGCAUCACCACUCGGAUCAGCUGAGUCCAGAGCAGACUGGGUUAGACACACAGCCCACCUCCUCCAUCAGCUUCACCCAGAAGCCCCCCAUGCAGGGCGUGCAGCCCCAUCCUCCCCCCUCCGUUCACCACCUCCACUCCCAGAGCGCCGACUCCCUCCCGUUCCAGCCCCACCUGCAGCCGCACAGCCUCAGCCAAAUCGCACAGGCCAACGCCUCGCUGAACGUUCACGGCCUCAGUGUGACGCCGCCCUACGGCCUCCCUGCUGAGGACCUCAACAAGGAGGACGUCAUAUUUUUUUAAAGCGCCAGCUGCCCCAGGAGCGAGCACCGACUCCCAGUCUGACCACAGCGUGUUGCCGAGGCUCGCGUGGAGAAAUUUCCCCAACGUUUUAUUUGAUAGCGUUUGCUAAUUCACAUUUUUAUCCAAGCUGCCUCUAAUAAUUUAUUUAAUUUUUAGGCAUAUAUACUUACAAGCAUGGGGUACAAAGGUGUCCUCAAACAAAGGAGUCCAGCGUUGAUUUAUUAUUAUUUUAAUUAAGUUUUAUUAAUCCAAAGACACAAAACACAUUUCUGAACAGGAUCUGACUGAAAGGAGAAUGGUGAAGGAUUGUUUUUGUUUUCAUUUUUAUCUAGAAGACGUUUGGUUUGUGAGGAGCAAAACGUUCAGUGAAGGAUAUUUACCGCUCUCUCCUGCUGGUCCUGGACCCUCAUGAAGCUUUUCACCAGAAGUGAUCAGAAAAACUCUGCUUGAAGUUUCAUCUGCACAUUGUUAAAAAAAAACAAAAAAAAACAAAACAAAAAUAAAAACCUCCAAAAUAACGAAGGAAGAUUUCAUAGGGAUACGUUGUAAAAAGUUGAUUGUACAGCUUUUAUGAUUGUAAAGCUUAAUUGCAUUUUUCGGUACUUGUCUUAAGUGUGCUUCUUUCGAAAAAAAAAAAAUAAUAAUUGUAACGACAACACCAGCCUUGUUGCUGGUUUAGAAAGUUAACUAACAUUUUAUUUCAGCAAAAAGAGGGCUUUUUUUUUUUUAAGUAAUAUGUGUAAAACUCUGAAGUGAGACUCAAAGAACACUUUCCUUAGAAGAGUUGGAGAGUUUUUUUCUUUGGUUUCGUAACCCUAAUCUGCCAAUCUUGUUCUGCUUUGGUCAAAAUGACUUCCUGAAUUGUGCUUAUAUAAGUGGCAAAAUUCCAAAACGUGGUCAAAUUUGAACUUUCCCUUUAGUUUGUUUCACAAAGGGUGAAGAAAGUAAAGCGGUUCGGUUGAAAGACGUUCUGUUCCCAGUUGUUUUCGACGUGCUGCAGGUAAAGACCGAAUCUGUCUGUUCUGCUGCUCAUGUUGAGUUUGCCGUGUCUGCAUGCUGGACUUUAAAAACAAACGGUUCAUCAGAAUCAGGAUGAGCAAUCAGUUCAGAUGCUCUGAUCCUGAGUUAGAGGCUGAUUUCCGAUCUGUUUAUUUUUUUUUUUUUAAAGCUUGAUGUACUCGUAUUGAAAUUAAUAAGAUAAUAAGAAUUUAAGAAGAUAUUGGGUUAGAAUAUCUUUUUCUGGCUUUUUGACAAAAAGGAAGCGGAUUUAACGUUGAUGUAAAACAAGAUUUUUCUGUUUCAGACAAAAUGAUCAUGGAGUUUACAUUUUAAGCAAUGUCAUCAUUCUAUAUUAUAGGUUAUUAUGCAUCUCUAGGUACUUGGCUCCUUCCAUUAGUUACAAUUUCUGAAAGGCUGCCGACAUUAAUCCAACCUUUAACAGCCAGCCUGGUUAAAAGCUCAAAAGUAUAAAAUACAGUUCCUGGAGCUCCAUGAUUCUUCUACCAUAGGCAUGUCUGAACAUGUUUUCUCUUGACUAGCUUCUGGCAUCUCUGUGCUUCCUCUCAUUCAUUUUUAACCACCUUAGCGGGACCAAAACUCAGUCGUCUUCACUCGUUAGCUGCGUUCACGCUGAAGUGUUGUCACCACGGCAACCUGGUCGCUUUUUUAUGCACAAAGUUUUCUGCUGGUUGGAAACUUAAACAUCAAACUGAUCACUGGUUAAGGCAGAUCCCCAGCCCACUGCUGGCUGCAUCUCGAUUCUGGAGUGCGUUUGGAGAACUCAUUUUAAAAGAAGAAGUAGCAAAGGCUGCCUAAGUUUUAGGAGUUUCUCCUCACUCACUACUGGUGUAUAUCGAAACCAGAGCAGUAAGAGGAGACCUAAAGUUUGUGUUUUGCAGCUGACUAUCAAUUUCAAAGUUAAUGCACGAAACUGUUCCGAGUUUGUUUCACGUUUGAUAAUAUUUCAUUUGAAGGAUUGUGAAUGUUAAAAAGAUGUACAAAUGAUUGUCUUGAGGAGAAAAUGUGGAGCUUUCCAGUUUUUUUGUUUUUUUUUAACUCUUCGCAGACAGAGACCAAGCUCAGUAGGAUGAUCCGGAGCGGCUUAUUUUAUAUCCUAUAUAUUUUUGUACAUAGUUUAUGUGACCUACAGCAUUAGCUGCCUUCCUGUUGCUUAAUUUGUCAUGAAUCAGGUUGUAAAAAUCCAGCGGACGUCUGUUUUGUGUGUACACUUUACACACACCCACGCACAGGCUUCUGUGUACACUCAGUACGGUACACCUGUGGACGCUCUCUUCUGUCGAUAAAACCAUAAUCGCAUGUUGCUGUGAUUUAACUGAAAUUGAAGGCGUUUUUUUUUUUCUUUUUUCUUUCUCUCCUCACUUGUUUUUGUUGUCCGAACUAACCUCGAUGUCCGCUGCCUGUUGGCUCUCUGGUACGACUCAUGAUUGAGGUUUCACCAAGAUUAUGCAUCAGUUAAAAAUAUAAUUGUCUCCUCUUUUUUUUUUUUUUUUUUUUUUUUUUUUUUUUUUUUAGUGGUUUGAACCAAAGACACAUGCGGCUGACUCUGUUCCUAUCUGUGCACAUGCACGGAGGAUUGAAGACACCGUGCUCGUUCUGUGGUUGUCCACAAGGUUUAUUUACUUGCCUAUAAAAGAAAAUUCUUCAGGGAGUGUCCGUAGCAAUUGUUUACAACAUCUUGUAGUCCAGCUCACAUCCUGCAUUGGGUCUGGUUUUGGGAAAACAUACGCUUCCUCUGCAAAAUUACAGAUCCCUCCUCAUCUACACUGUAGACAUUAUGAUGAUGAUGAACCAGUUGAAUGUCGGUGGGAUCAGUAGGCAUGGGUUGGCAUGCUUUAUGUUUUAAGGUUUAAUUUCUGGUAUUUAAAACAGAACAUUUACUGGCUUUAUAAGCAACAUAUUGAUCAGGAGGAGUUGCAACUUGCAACUCCACAGCCAACAGUGGCUCUUUGGUCCUUCCUUAAUGGCUAAAAUAGUGCAGAAUCAUGUUUUAAUAUAGAUAUGAAAAAUGCAGAUUUUAGCAAGUUUUAAGUACUGUAGUUUUUCUUUUUUGCCCAUGGAAUAAAUCCUUCAUUGAAUUUCCACAGCAGAAAUAUCUGUAAUAUUUAUUAUUGACUCGUCAUUAUGGUGGAAACUGUUUUGUUUGUUUUUAUUUGCCUCGUUUUUUACAAACAUCAACAUGCCACCUAAGAAAAUGUAGUUUUUCUUCGUUUUAAAUCCUAAAGCCAGAAACAAGAUGGUGGUUCUGUAAAAUUGACCACUAAUUUUCCUAUAGCAGAUAUUCAAGGAUUAAGUUGUCCUUUCACCAAAGGCUCUGUGACAUUUGUGGCCCUAAAGUUUUAUAUAGCUGGAUGAAGGGCAAAAACGACUCCUUAGUGUGUAAAGGUUGCAAAACACCAUAUUGGUUUCCAAAUGCAAAUUGCAUUCAAAUACUACAAAUUUCUGCUCUUUAUAGAGUAAAACAAACAUUACCAGCUUAAAUUGGCUGCUUAGUCAGGCUUUCUGCUCAGGUAGCCAGUCUGCGUGUAGCUUCACAACUGUAGUUUAAAAUGGCAUUACCUUAAUAAAUGAUAGGUGGCGCUCAAUUUCCAUCCACGCCUUUUAGUGACCUUUGCCUCUGCAAAUACUUUCAAGAAACAUUAGUUUCCCCCCCCCCCAAAAAAAAAAAAAAUUGCAUUCUUUCAGCCAGCCAAUUGGUAGUGAACAGCAACAGGCAGGGGAGGGGCUGCUCCUUACAGUUUGAGAAAGCACCAUCACGCCAGGUUUUUUUCUGGAAUCUCAUUGAAAGGAUUUUAAGGUACGAUGUCAAAUUGUAGCUUUUUUUUUUUUUUUUUUUUUUAAAGCCUAACUUUAUAUUGCAGUGACAGCAGAAACCUGCCCAUGCCUAGUGCCCAGCACUCUGGCUUUGACCUCAACUAUAAUGCGGCAUGCUGUUGGAAGAUGUUUGUCUGUAGACGUUUUGUGUGGUCGCUCACUCCAGGGUACGUUCAUAACUCUGCAGCAGAUGGAAAAACUUGUGUAAGAGCACUUUAGCUUUGCUCCAGAGUUUCGCGUCCAUCCUCAGCAGGUGCCACUGUUCUGAUCAAAUGAAGUCUUAAACGUUGCAUCGCUGCACUCGGACGCUUGGUGUACUUGACUGUUGUAUAUUUCAGAAUGUGGUCAGUCGUGCCACUGUGUGUACAUGUAUGUUUUUGUGUGUGUGUGUGUGUGUGUGUGCUACAAAGCAGAAGAAGCAUUUUAUGCACACUUGUUGGACCUGUAAUAUGUAAAUAAACACGCAAAAUAUUUUAUUUCCUCUGCCAAUUUUACACUAGUCACUUUGGAUAGUAGCAUACUUGAAGAGGAAAAUAAAUGAUUAUAAUGUCUGUUUUAUGUAAACUUGUUUGUACCGACACUUAUGACAUCUGUAGCACACGGCUAAAAAAACUGAUUUUUGUACUUUUCUUUUUUCUUUUCUUUCUUAUUCACUGCGCCACAUUAGAGCACAAACCGCUGCCUUAGAGAGACCUAGAAAUAAAAAUCUCAAAAUUA